GGCGGGGUUUGCAUACAGCAGUCAACAUCAUGAUGUAAUUUUCUCCAAAAUGGCGGAUCGCAAAGAAGAUGACAUCUUAUCAGAAAAGGAUGAGCCGGAGAGCGAGGAUGACACCUAUGAGGUGGUGGACCUGACAGAGUACGCCCGGAGGCACCAAUGGUGGAGCAUGAUGUUUGGGAAUAACUCUGGUCCCCUCGCAGAGAAAUACUCUGUGACCACGCAGAUUGUGAUGGGAGGGGUCACUGGCUGGUGUGCAGGAUACUUGUUCCAGAGAGUAGGGAAGAUAGCUGCAACUGCCAUAGGUGGAGGGUUCCUGUUGUUACAGAUAGCGAAUCACAGUGGCUACGUGCAGGUGGACUGGAAGAAAGUGGAGAAGGACGUGAACAAAGCAAAGAAACACCUGAAGAAGAGAACCAAGCAAGCAGCCCCUGAAAUUAACUCCUUCUUCGAGGAGGUAAAGGCCACAGAGUUUGUCAAGAAGAACAUUGUCCUGUCCAGCGGGUUUGUGGGUGGAUUCCUCCUGGGCUUGGCCUCCUAAUGGCGUCGGGGCCAAUUCACGACUGAGGAAGUCGUUACAUAGGAAGAAGGAAGCUGUCAUUACUGUGAACUGAAUCUCCACACGGGAUGUUGUCAUUAACUGUGAAUCGUUGUCUUUCUCCCAGCACGGAACUAGUCAUGAAACGGGUUUGGGAGGAGGCUGAACAUGCGAAGCUGCCACUUUAUGCCCCCCUGGCUGCUCUCUUCCGUUACUGCCCAACUGAUCAGAGUCUAGCUUGUCCACCCUCUUUUUAUUCUAUUUAUCUGGUGGUUUCUGAUCCAGGAUCAGUUGUUUGGGCCUGUUGAAUAUGGAAUUUCUAUACUUCAUAUUCAUAAUCAGCACUACCCCCAACAUCAAUGUAUGUGAAAAUGUCACGUUUCUAUGUUUUGAAUCAGCUAUAUUAUAUAUAUAUAUAUAUAUUUGUUCACCGUCAUAUGGUGUGCAUCAUGUGAUUUGAAUCAAUUAGUGAACUAUGCCUACUCAUAAUUGGUUGAAAUCACGAUGCACACCGGAUGAUGCCAUUAUUACAAAACUAAUUUUGACUUCAAAACAUAGAAACAUGACAUUUUCACAUACGUUGAUGUUAGGGUAGUUCUGGAGAUGAUGAAUACAAUGUUGAAAAUGUUAGAAAUGUCCCUUUAAGUGCACAAGCGACACCUCUUGAUACACUAUGAUAUACUACUAAUAUACUGUACCACACACUAGACAUAGGAUUACUCGGCCCCUGUCUAUCUGGUGCACUCUUUUACCUGGAAGAACAGGUCUAGGAUCAGGAAUGUGUCCCAAAUGCCCAUAGUGCACUACAUUUGACCAGAGUCCUAUGUGGGAAAUAGGGUGCCAUUUGGGACACUGACCAGCUCUCCCUAUACUCAGACCAAAGUUUUACCACCCUGUGCUAUUCAACAAAAUGUGUCUGCAGACCUGUUGUUACGGGCUUAAUAUACCAACACCUGAUCACUGCACCUUUGCUGGCUAAUGUACUGUAGGUAUAUCUGUGUGCAGAUUAGCGUUUUUCAUAAAGAAUCUUUUUCCUGGGGCAGCUCUGCAGAAUGGUCACUAGCUGGCACAGCCACAAAAUCUGAUUUUAAAUCUAACUGUAACCACACUGUUAACCCUAACGCCUAACCUUAAAUUUAGACCAAAAAGUUGAAUGUAGUUUUAAUGAAUUUUUACAAUAUAGGCCAGCUGCAAAGUCAGAAUUGGCUAUCUAGCAGAUUCGCUUAGUUCUUCCUCCAGGACAAGACUCAUUCUAAAGAAUGUGAACCUGCUAUCAGUGUAGUAAUAGGAAAACAUGUGAUUUAGUCAUGUGUAGAAUAUACUAUCAGUUUUAUAGAUAGAAGGAAAUGCACAGUAUAAAGUCAGUGUUCAGUUGCUUAUAAGUUGUUCCAUAUUGUGUCUUUAACUAUUUAAAUAUUACUUGUCAGGAGUAUGAUUUUCCAUUAGUUUCUGUACUUCACCAAGUGCACAUUAACUUCUUACUGCCGUUAACCUCCAUAUGUUCUGACCUCCUGAAUGCUAUUUUGAAAUCUUGAUAACCAACCAUAACUAUGGAUUGGUCUUAUGUUUCUGUUUUGUCAAAUAAAGUUGCCUGAUUUUUGUUGGUUAGCAAUGUUAA